AUGUAUCCGUACGCCGCUCCUUAUGGCUCCUCCUCUCUUCUCCCUGCGCCGUCUGGGCAGCCUGCCGGCAUCCCUCCCGUGACUCCAGCGGUACCCGGAGGAGUCGUUUCUAACGCUCCCAGAUUCUACGGCGCUCCAGCGGCGCCGCCUGCGGCUCUGCCGCACCGCCUUGGUGUCUCCGCGGGAACACCGGCGGUCGUCGCGGCGCCUGGACCCCCAGCGACGACCGCCGUGGGCGCCGUCGACGCGGAGGAAGACAGCGGCGACACCUGGGCAGUCAACAGGUGCCACCUGCACACGAAGCCUCAACUUCACUGCAAGUUCUGUCGAAAAUAUAAAAGUUUUGCGCAGCAACUGGGAAUUCUUCAGAAGCGCGAGCUGAAGCAGCAAGAAGAUGACGACGGCAUGAAACGGAAUAUGGUGGAGAUGACGGACAGCACCACCUACAACGUCAACGCUCUCCUCAGAUCAAACAUCUUGUCCUCCGAGUAUUUCAAGUCUCUCCACGAACUCAAAACUGUUCCCGAAGUUGUCGACGAGAUCACGCAGUACGCACAACAUGCGGAGCCCUACUGCUCUGGCUCUUCUCGCGCGCCGUCGACUCUCUUCUGCUGUCUCUACAAGCUUUUCACGAUGAAGCUAACAACUAAACAGCUGGAGCAACUGCUGGACUAUUCGGACUCUCCCUACGUCCGCUGUACAGGCUUCCUCUAUUUGCGCUAUGUCCAUCCUCCGGAGAAGCUGUGGAAGUGGUACGAACAAUACUUCCUUGACGAUGAAGUAUUUGCUGCCAGUUCAGACACGAAGAGGACGACGACGAUGGGCGAGUACGUCGAGUCGCUGAUCAUGGAAGACAAGUACUUCAACACGGUGCUUCCUCGCCUUCCUGUGAAAGUGAAGAAUUUGUACGGAACGCAGUUAAUGGCGAUGGAUGAGCACAGAAGAAGAAAAGCGAAAAACACGGCAGACAUCGACCGCUUCGUCGCAGGCGCCUCUGUUCUCGCCUGCUCCAAAGGGGACUGGUUGGAAGGAGAAAUCAUAUCGGUCGAUCUGGAGAGUCGCCCCGCGGGAGUGUGGGUGCUCGUCGAGGACGGGAACGAGGAGUUAAUUGAUCUCGGCUUGGUCAUUCUGCUCCGGAAGGAGAAGAAGGAGAAGAAGCGCAAGAAAGAUGGACGCGAAGAGCGCCCCGGGGAAAGCGAGGGCGACCGGCGCCGAAGAACGAGGUCCGCCAGCGCAAGUCGGGAGAGACAACGCAAACAAGACAGAAAAGCGUCUCCGCACAGGAGACACGGAAACACUCGGUCUGAGCGAGGAGAGAGACACAAGAGAAGAAGUCGAAGCAGAAGUGGCUGCCGCAGCGACAGUCGGAGCGCGAGCAGCAGCCGGAGUCGGGGCACCAGUCCGCAUGCAAAGACUCAGCACGACCUUCUGAAGGAAUUCAGAAGAAAAGAAAGAGAAAAAGCGCUGGCAACUGGAAAGGACUACGCGAGAAGACCUACUUCGUACAAGUCGUCUUUGUCGUCGCGGCUGAACAAUCCCUCUCAGUCUUCACGCUCGCAUCGCGGAUCCUCGAGGAAAACAGACAGAUCUCCUUCACAUGGGCGAAGCGGGAACAAGCAGCCCAAGCAAGGAAGUGACCGCGACUCCAGAAGUGCGCCUGUUUCUUCGUCUUUGAACGAACCUUCGAGUACCACUCCGAAAGAACCCUCUCACGAACACUUAAAGAAAAUGCAACAGCUGAUGGAGAGGUACAGCCGAAGCAGUGCCGAGGCGACAAGUGACAACCCGCGAACGCAGGACGGGGAACUUCCGACAGUCAUGCGACUUGGAGGAGGCGGGCGUUGAGUUUCGUCUGUCUUCAUUUGCGAAAAGAAGCGGGAGUUACUCGAUCCGUUUGCUUCUUCGAGGUCUUCGUGAACUCCAAGUCACGCCUGCUGAAAAAGCUCUUCAGCUGCGCCUCGAAAGAGAGCGGAAAAACUGCGGUUUCCUCUUUGAUUUUCGUUCACCAAAGCAAAUGAAGAGGGAGUUUUUUGACAAAGAGCGAGAGAAAGACGAGACAGCGGGAGGGAGGUUGAGAGGAAAGUCGCAUCUUUGGGUCGAGUCUCGAGCCUCCAAACUGUCGGUGUGUGUUGAGUUCCACAUUUUCAUUUCUCGCGUAUAUCCUGAGCUGGGCUUUUCGCCCGCUUUCACCUGUCCUGGAGCACUGGAUACGUUUCAAGGUGUUUCACUGUGAACUCGGCACACGCUACGUCUUUCAGGUUCGCACCAUUCUGGCGGAAGAAAAGGACUAGAGGCGUUGCUUUGAGAUGCAGACGGACGUAUGGAGGACAACGACUAGCGGUGCUGUUCUGGGAUGCAGAAAACCGUAAAAUGAAGGACGUGUCUGUUCAGUGGCCGACCUACCUUCUGUCUUUUUAGCAGCGGAAAGUGGCACUGAAGGACAUAGAGGACGCGCUUCCUCAGGGACUUGGUAAUUCGAAGUAAAAAUCACGCAUGCACAGAGCGCGGAGACUUGCUGUGAUGGCGCCAGGAAAGGUGUCUUGCAGAUUGGAGUGUCUCAUAGAAUUCUUCUAUUCUUACAGAUGUUUUGCUCAAAGUGUGAAAACGACGCGUCUUACAACGAUUGUUCCUCUGGGUGACAGAGAAUUUUUUGGCUUCC